AUGGCCAUAGAGAACACUCUGGCUAGGAUUGAAAUUCUGAGAAAGACCUUGAAGACACAAUCCGAGCACAAAGAAAAGAUUCUGAAGCUCAUCGAUACCUUGUUUGAUCAACACGAAGCAGCGCAGGACAGCAAUGAGAACGCCACAGCUGCCCUGGAUGACCUUGAGUGCGCUAUGCAACAGGCAACACGCGAUUGCCGCCUCCUUCUUCGAGGCAUCCAUAAUUGCGACACCACGCCUCGAGCCCUGCGAGAACGAUACCGGGCAGCGAAGAACAGCGCGGAUGAGAUGGCAAUCUCCCUCGACAUCCUCAGCUCUGCUAUCCAAGAUGCAGUAGAUGAUUCCAAGAUCAUCCUUCGAUGUGUCGCCGAGCUUGCGGUCAUCGCAUCCAACACUCUUGAAGUCGCAGCACGCGCCGAAUUUGGGAAGAUUCUGAAAGACUAG